CAGGACCCGAGUAUUGUUCGGUCGCUUAAAUCCGAAAUCGAGAAAAAGCGUUGUUUUUUCAUUCGAGCUCACUCGUCUCAGGCCAUCAGCCAUGGAAGACAGCUUCAGAGUCCGAGUUGACAGGGCGUUCGGCUCUCUAUCCUCUUCUCCGUCAUCCCUCGCUUCACUAUGGUCUCUCACGGAUGACGAGGUCGAGAGGAAAGAAUGGAACCGAGAGAGAGAUGGUCCUGACAGAGAAGACAACCCUUGCUCAUCGUCCUUCAAUGAGUUAUUCGCUACCAACCAAAGGGCUUUCGAGAAGAACACGAGGAAUCUCAGCGAGGAGGACCUCGAAGAUCUCGAUGACGACGAUGGAGAUGGUCGACGAGGCGGUGAUGAGUUUGAUAGGGAAGAGUGGGAGAUCAGGUCCUCGAUUGGGAUGGACUGUACUCUUGAUAAGGAGGAUGAAGAGGAUGAAUAUGACAAAGUGGCAAUUGGCAAGGAAAAUGCUGGUGACCGCUUGUACAUGAGGGACGUUAUUGAUUAUGGGAUAGAUGUAGACUCCUCCAAUGUGGUUCCUAAUUCUUUUGAGGAGUUCACCAGGGACCCACGUGCAAAUCACCUGGCUGCAAAAAUUAGGCUCAAAGAAGAUCAAGAGGCGGCUGCAAGUACUGAAUCUUUUCUGGCUGCACAAGCUAAACCAGCUGAAGUAGAUCCUCAAGUAAAAGUAUCCGAGGAUGGUGGCUGCCUGAAAUCUAUUUUGAAAAGGAAGGAAAACCAGGCUGAAUCCAAGUCACAAAAACGUGUCAGGUUUGAUCCCGAAUGUAAAGAAAAUGAUUCUGAACAAGAGUUGGAAGAAGCUGUGAUUUCUACGAUGGUGAGCCAUUCAAUGGAAACAGGUACAGUUUCAGAAGAUAAGAAUGAUUCGUUCUCAUCACAAGAAGCUUCUGGGAUUCCAGAUUAUCUACGGAAUCCAUCUAAAUAUACACGUUAUAGUUUCGAUUCAACAUCGGAAGUUGACGAAGGAUCUAACCGUGGUGCUUAUAUGGACUUCCUUGACAUGGUGAAAAAAGCAACUACUGGAGAGCCCCAACAGGAGGAUACAUGUCACGACCUUCCAAAAUCAGUAACCUUUACUCCAAGAAAGAAGACAACUAAUGUUGCAAUGGUUGACAAUAGCACUGGAAUUAAGCAAAACCAGGAAGAUGCUUUGAAGGAGUCCAUGCGCAAGGCAGUCUUUCCUCUCGGCAUUGCUGCAGGUGAAGCCCAAGAAGGUGAUGAAGCCUGUAUGAUGGAGGAAGAUGAUCCGGAAACCCUUGCAGCAGAUAAAACCACAACUUUUCGGAAAUCAGGACGCCAAUAUAGGACAAAAUCGAGGCCAGAUGAUUCUGGUUCUUAAUGGGGAGUUGUUUCCGUGCUGAAUCCAUACCUCAAAAGAGGUAGAUUGUUAUUCCGGAGAUUCAUCACACCUGGUGCUGGUGCAUCUACUGAUCUACCGUGAGGCAUCUGUGUUGGUGUGCUCAGCGCUGACAGCGGGUAUUGGGGUGCUCCCUAUACGUCAAGCUGGUCCACUCCUUACACUUACUGAAGCAUCCUUACCUUCAGGUGCUUAGAUUACUGCUAGUCGCUGUUCUCCCAACAUGCACUACUCUCCUUGUUUUAUUGGCGUUUGUAUGUAGAAGUAUGUUUGGGAAUUGGCCAAGUCGCGAACAUACCCAGCGGGCCAGCAGUCUCAUGUCAUGAAUUCCCAGUCAUACUAUUCACAUGGUAGCCAUACUUCAGAAAAUAGACUUGGGAAACCUUGCUCUUUGAAGUUUUUUUUUUUUUUUCAUUGGUCAAAAGCAAUAUUAACAUCCUGAGAGACGGAAGGAUUAAGAGGCAGACCCAAGUCCCAAGAUUCCAAUUCAUUUUUUCUCAUCUUUUCUCACUUUCUAGUUUCAUCUGAGAGAAAGGGAGGACCCUUUAUUCUUCAUAUUCAUAAAUUCAUAUACAUGAGAUGGACCAUGGAUGACGGGCGGACAUGUUAAGCAUCUGUCCUGUUCAUCAUAGUUGACACAAACGCUGCCGCUUUUCUUUUCUUCUAUGAUCUUUCUUCCCUCUCUUGUUUAUCAAUGGAUGUAGGGUUUUAGAAGACGAAAUUCUAAUCCGACGAAUAGUUUAUAA